AACCUUUGUUUUCCCCCUUUUGUCUUCUGGUUAGAUCGGUCUGUGUGACUGUGUCUUUGGGGGCUUAAAUAAUUUCCUCCGAGGGGAAAAGAAAAAAAAGGAAAAAUAAAGAAAAAGAAAAUACAUCUCUCUCUUUGUUGGACAUCAAAACCAGAGGUUUACGGGAACCGAAUCGAGCUCGUGAGACCGUUUGAGACGAUCUUCAGCGAGAAAGGGUAUUCGGGAGUUGGGAGAUUGUUGACAGUGAUCGUGGUGUUAAGAGGUGUUAGGGAAUUAUUCUUUGUUAUGCGUGUGAGGGUUUGGUGGGUUCGAUGGGAGAUUGCGAUUCCGUCCGAUCACGCUGGAUUUGGAAGAUCUCCUUGUGGGUUUUUAUGGGGUUUGGCUUUCUGAGGUGGGUUUGAGAAAUUUUUGUAGUUCGGCGGAUGUCGGAUUUUAGGGAAGGAGGUUGUUUUGGGGGGUAAAUUGAGGGUUUGUAGGGGGGAAUUUUGAUGCUCUCUGUGGGGAGUAGGGAUGGGAGGAAGGGGUUAGCUUUGGGUUUUGGUGUUGGUGGGGAGAUGGACGAGACUGAGCUCGAAGAAGGCGAGGCUUGCUAUUACCAGGAUUACGAUAGAAGCGUCGACCCUGAUGUUGCUCUCUCUUACAUCGAUGAGAAACUUCAAGAUGUCCUGGGACAUUUUCAGAAAGACUUUGAAGGUGGGGUUUCUGCAGAGAAUUUGGGGGCAAAAUUUGGUGGUUAUGGUUCAUUCUUACCAGCCUAUCAGCGUUCUCCUUCUAUCUUGUCUCAUCCAAGAACUCCACAGAAAGUUCAUAAUUAUAGUACACCAAGAUCUCCAAACAACUUGUCAUCAGAGGUUACCCGCCAAAACUCCACAGUUCCAUCAAGUUCGUCUUUCCAUGCGAGGCCUGGACCUGCUUCUUCCAGUGCUGCACCACCACCUGUUUCAAAGGCUCCAUCAGUGGAUAACUCCAUCAAGAGAGAUGCGUUCUUGUAUUCUUCAAGAGGUGGUGGGGAAUCUACUCCCAACCAAGAGUUAUUGACCAAGUCAACUAAUCCAAGUGACCAGAAAACACUGAAGGUUCGGAUCAAAGUGGGUUCUGAUAACACGUAUGCUCGAAGAAAUGCUGAAAUCUACAGCGGUCUUGGCCUUGAUAUUUCUCCAUCUUCAUCGUUGGAGGAUAGCCCUGCUGAAAGUGGAGGGAUACUUCCUCAAUCUCAUGAUACUCCUGAUAGAUCUCCCACAAGCAUACUUGAGAUUAUGACUUCUUUUCCAGUCCCUGGUAAUCUAUUGUUGUCACCUCUUCCCGAUAGUAUGCUCCACUUGACAGAAAAGGAAAAGUUUGUAGGAGAUGGUAGAUCUAAGCGUGCAUGCAAGGGUAGCCAAGAUGGUUCUUCAAUGGAAGUGGAGGACCCAUCUUCUGUAAGAGGGGAUGGGAAAUUAUUGGGAGAGAAGAAAAUGAAGCCAUUGGAGAAAAAUGGGAGGUCUGUAGAAGUGAAAAAUGCAAAUGUUAAGGAUCCUGGAAAUGAUAUUAGUUCCAUCUUGAGAAAAGAAAUAGACAUUGAGACUCCAGCAGGCAGGGAGCUUGUUUCUAAUGCCUUGAACAUUUCUAUUUUGUCCAAUUCAAGAUUUCCAGCUGGAGAUGCAGUAAAAGGUGCUUCUAAGGCAUCUGAUAUUUCCAGGGAAGCCAAUAAAGAAGCAUUGAAAGAUAGGUACUUCUCCUCUGAUUUUGUGAAGGAGGAAGCUGUGGAGUUGAUUUCUAGCCAGGAUCUGAACAGGGUUGAGAAGCGGAAUUUGAAGACUUCUUCAACAGGCAAGGUUUGGGAAGACAAGAAAGAGAUAUCUCACAAGGAUGCUUCCUUUGAACGUAAGAAAGAUAGGAGCAAAGAUGACAAGGCCUGUGACCCAUAUAAAGUUGAAUCCAAUGCAUUGAAGGGAAGGAAAGAUGUUAAUGGUGGAUCUAUUGAUCCUCCAAAAUGCAAAGUUGGUCUGAAAUCUACGUCCCAUGAACAGGAUGGGGUUAAAAUGCCUCAGCAGAAGGAACAACAGUCCUCCGGGGGCAAAAGGAAAUCAAAGGGAAGUCAAAGUAAUGGCAUGCCACCUGCAGAGCUCCAGAAAGAAAGCUCCAGAGUUGAUUCUUCUGCUGCAUUGAAGGACAAGAAGAAGAGCACUUCUGUUGGUGAAUACUUGUCUAAAAGUAAAUUAGAUGGCCCAAAAUUACCUAAGGAAUCAGGAAAGAUCAGAGAAACUUAUAAAGAUUUACCUGGGGAUGUAAAAGCAGAACCAUCAGAGAGCAGAACGGACUUGGUAGAAAUUCCUUCUAAGGAUAGGCAGAAGGAUUCAAAGUUUGAGACUUUUGAUAAAGAAUUCCAUACAUUUGCUGACAAAACAAAAGAGCGAUCAAGUGGUAAAAAAACUGAUAGCUCAUUGACUCCUGUCACAUAUCAGAAGACAGCUCCAAUCAUUGCCCCUCCUUCAAUGGAAAAUGGACUCAUUUCUGAUGGGGCUUCUGCAACUGCACCUCCUGUACUCAUACAAGACAAUUGGGUUUGUUGUGAUAAAUGCCAGAAGUGGCGACUCCUACCAUAUGGAAUAGACCCUGGACACCUCCCCAAGAAGUGGAAGUGUAGCAUGCUUAAUUGGCUGCCUGCUGGGAUGAAUCGCUGUAAUAUCAGCGAAGAAGAGACAACAAAAGCUGUGCAAGUUCCUCUUCCUCUCCCAGGGGAUCUGCAAGGUCAGCCUGGUUUACCAGCAUCAGGGCUAAACUUGGCUGAUCUGCGACAUCUUGACCAGAACAAUCAAGAUUCUAGUUUGCUUGGUUUAUCUGCUGGGGGGAAGAAGAAACAUGGGCCGAAAGAAGCAAAUGCAGUUAGCCAGACUGGUUCCAUGAACUUCCCUAACUCAUCAAAGAAGAAUCAACAGUUCUCUGUGAAAAGUAGAAGCUUAAAUGACGUCACCCAGUCUCCUUUGGAACCCAGUCCAGCAAACAGGCCUGGCUUUCAGAAUUUAAGUAAGUCAGGUGACUUCACCAGAGAGAAGCAUUUGCAUAAACAGAAAGAGAAGCACAAGCAGGAACAUUAUUUGGAUGGAGGUGAUGUGAAGCAUUCUAAUAGAAAGAGGGAAUCUGAUCAAGAUGGACUUAGAACUUCAAAGAAAAUUAAGGACGAUUCAUAUUAUACUGAUGAAGAUUGGAAUUCUGACCAAGUAGGGCCCACAGGGAAGGUGCUUCCCUGCUCAAGUGGUGGUUUGCCAACAAAACCACCUGGAAAGGAUCUGGAGAAAUACAAUGAUUGUUCAUCUUCUAAGGACUCAAAGUAUGAUGCAAGAGACGGUACAAUGGCUUCUGUAAAGAAGCUGAAAGAUCAGGUUUUGGAUGGGGGGACCUUGGAUAUGGGUAAAAGCAAUAGAGUGGAUAAUGCUACAAAGAAGAGGAAAUCGAAGGAGUGGCAGGAAAGCCAGAUUUACUCGGAGGUCUCCCCAACUAGGGCACAUCAUCCCCAUGACAGCAGGGUUCCAGUGAAGGAGGAAAUUAGUGAGAAUGGACGUAGAAAAGAAAAGAGACUUAAGGUGUCUAAUUCUGAUGGGAAGGAGUCAAGUACAAGUAAGGGUGAUGGAAGAACGGAGAAAAAAGGGAAAGUGACCCGAAUAAUCUUGUCUGGGAAUAGAGAUCAACCAGUUGAUGGAACGAAUGAGGAAGGCAUUAGUUGUAUUGAUAAGGAUCAACAACAGGGCCAUUAUCGAGGAUCACAACGAGCCUUGGAUGGUGUAGAUUCAUUGAAAAGGGAUCUAGGGUAUGGGCAAACUUCAGCAGCCACCACUUCAAGUUCAUCCAAAGUUUCAGGCUCCCGUAAAACUAAAGGCAAAUUCCAAGAAGUGAAAGGCUCACCUGUAGAGUCUGUUACUUCAUCUCCUUUGAGAAUUCCCAAUCCUGACAAGCUUAUAUCGGGAAGAAGAAACAUGCCAGUGAAAGAGGAUACCUUCAAUUUUGGUCUCUCUGACUUGGGUAGCCCAAGAAGAUGCUCCGAUGGUGAGGGUGAUUGGAGUCAUCGGUCUGCAACAGUAAAGAAAGAGAAAACUUCUUCUGGUACUAAUCGUGGAUCACUGGAGUCAUCUAUUCUUGAUGAGCAGGGUAAGGAUGUUUUGAGCAGCAAAGCCACAGCUCAGGCUGAACCUUCUGAAUUUGGAAGCACCCAUUUAGUCAAUAGGGGUCCUAGUGACCAACAAAACCUUGUCCAUGAGGAGGAGAGGUUGAACAACAACUACCAUUCUAAUGGUUCUAUCCCUCAGAAGUCUGGGAAGAAUUCUUCUUCGCGGUCUAAAGACAAGCACAGAAGUUCCAAAUCUGAUUUUGAUAAAGGAAAAAUCAAGGUAUCUGAUUCAUUCAAUGAGCAGGAGGAAUUGUAUUCAGGUAAGAGCUCAAGAUACGAGGCAGAGACUGAAUCUCACCAUCGUUCACCUUACCAUGAAGAAAUGAGGGAUGGGAAACACAGCUUUCAGGAAAAGUGUAGUUCUAAGCUUGAUAAGGAUGAGAAGGGUCAGGCAGUUAAGAAUGAUCAUGUAGGAAAAUGGGCAAGUGAAAGUAGUAGGCGAGAGGUUCAGUCAAAACAUGGAGGACAUGAAGGUUCAGAUGCAAAAUUGGAUCCCAUUGGCAGUAAAGAUGGAAAGUCUAUUCCACAGCAGGAGCGUGAGGGUGAAAGACCCUCAAACCGAUGUUUCUCUGAUAGAAUUGAUCGAAUGGAAAUACCCUCAGGGAGAACAAAGUCACAAUUGUUCCCAAAUUCUGGAGAAAAACAAGAAAGACAGUCUGUGUCUACCCGGCCAGCAUCUGGUUCCCAGACAGGAAAUGGAUCAGAGGUAUUGCCAGUUGAUGCCUCUGCUGGUGGUGAUGUAUUGAAAGCUCCAAAGCACCCUAGGAAACCUGAUAACCAGAAUGGAGCUCAUCAUAGUAAUGUGAGACAUCCCACGCCUAAUGGGAUUGGAGUCAGGGAUCUCGAUGCUCCAAGUCCACUUAGAAAGGAUUCUUCCAGUCAUGCUGCUGGUAAUAAUGCCUUAAAGGAAGCCACAGAUCUUAAACACACUGCUGAUCGACUUAAGAACUGUGGUUCAGUUCUUGAAACUACUGGGUUAUACUUCCAGGCUGCUCUGAAGUUUCUUCACGGGGCUUCCCUUUUGGAGUGCAACAUUGAGAAUAUCAGAUAUGGGGAGCAAAAUCAGUCGAUGCAUGUGUAUAGUACCACUGCAGCACUCUGCGGAUUUUGUGCUCGUGAAUAUGAAAGAUGCAAAGAGAUGGCUGCUGCCUCUUUGGCUUACAAAUGCAUGGAGGUGGCAUACAUGAAGGUCAUUUAUUUCAAACAUUCCACUGCAAGCAAAGACCGUCAUGAGUUGCACACUGCUUUGCAAACGGUUCCUCCAGGAGAAUCUCCGUCAUCAUCUGCUUCAGAUGUCGACAACUUAAACCACCAAGGGUUGCAGGAUAAGGCUGCUUUAACCAAGAGCACUAAUUCACCCCAUGUUGGUGGAAACCAUGUAAUUGUUGCUCGUAACCGUCCCAGAUUUGAUGGACUUCUUGACUUCGCUAAGGAAGCAGCUUCUGCAAUGGAAGCAUCAAAGAAGUCAAGGAAUGCUUUUGCAGUUGCUAAUGCGCAUCGGGAAGAAGGCCGGUGUGUGGAGGCUAUCUCCUCUGUUAAGCGGGUCCUUGAUUUCUGCUUCCAUGAUGUGGAGGGUUUUCUGCGGCUUGUACGGCUUGCCAUGGAGGCUAUUAACCGUUAAAAACAGUGGUAGUAGAGAGACUGUCAACUCUGUGAAUAUGUUGUGCUUCUCUGGUCUGUUUCCUUGGGUAGGCCUCAAGGAGGAAAAGAAGCGGAGUUGGAUCCCCUGGACGUAAAUGUAAAACUUUUGAGAAUGUACUGAUUGCUCCAACUCAGCGCCUCUGUAUAAUGUGUACAAAAUGAGAUUGAUUUGCAAUUUUUAUAAUGUAUUCUUUGUGAGCCUUUCGCUGGUUUUUUGAUAUGGACGAGGGUGUAACAUGCCAACCAAUAAGUUUUGAAGAUUGGAUGAGGAGAAGUGCCUCUGUUUGAGUUAAAGGCUUCUGUCACAAGGGUUGGAGGAGAUAACAGAAAUGCAGUUAUAUGGCUCCAUCCAGGUCAGAGCUGGAGAUGAUAGAGAGAUUUUGAACCUAUUCAGAAUCAGUAGAAGGCGGCCUGAACGCUGAUGUAGUUAGUUCUGAUUGUUCCUUUUUUUCCUGGCCAUCUGUGAAGGGCUUCAAAUUUUGUCUUUUUUAUCUUAAAAUUUAUUUGAGAAUGGAAAAAUGAAGGUGUUGACGGUGGUUGCCUACUUGUUCUUGAAAUUUCAAGCUCUUCAUUGUGCCUUUGAAUCUCUGUUACGAUAUUCCUGCAAUCCUUGGGGCAACAGAGGAAGCAACAUUGGGUUGCAUGAUUAUCUAUUGUAGCAGUUGGGAUGGCCAAUCUGUCGAUAAAGGAGACAAGUAGGAAGAAGUUAUGGGCAUAUAUAUGCAUAUAUUUACUGAGAGUGAGAGGGGGAGGGGAAACGGGAGGGAGACAGAAGACUUGUGGUACUGAGCAUGGUGUUUACAUUGUAGAAUUUACCUGUGGAGUUUGAGUCAUGCUCCUCUACUGAAAGGAGUAUAUAGUGGCUAUUAAAGCACGGGAGAAUGUUCUUUUGCUGAGAUUAUCUCCAGUAUUUGAUACUGGUUCAUUCAUGGCAGUUAUACCUUCCAUAUUCAUUGCAGAUGGUUAUUUGUCAGCAUGUGGGUUUAGCUUAUGACGUGUUUGGAAGCCUUUGGCCAAAAUGAAUAUUUUACAUCGAGCCGAUAAGGAAUUCCAUUAUAAAUUAUGUUUGUGCUCAUGCCUCACUGCUGGCCCAUGGGUAUGAAGAUCUCAGAGGUAGGAAAAAGAGUUGUGACAACAGUAGCGGCAGCAGGAAAGGGGCGACAGCUGAAGGGCAUCGACAAAGUAUUUCCUUUGCACUGUGAAUGAGAAAGCAAAGUUACAAUUCUCCCCCCUCUUCAUGAUACUAUUAUCUGUGUCUCCACCUUGUCCUACUUUCACCUCCUUUGCGAGUGUAUCAUAGAAACAACAUUGAUUUUUUCGUCUUUAUAAUAAGAAAAAGAAAAUUUACCAUCA